AUGAGUAAAGAAUAUGAACACUUAUUCAAAUUUGUACUUGCAGGUGAUAGUGGAGUUGGUAAAACAAGCAUUUUAUUUAGAAUUACAGAUGAUACAUUUACUGAAACACAUAUAACAAUUGGUAUUGAGUUUAAAAUAAAGACAGUUUAUAUUGAAGGUAAACCAAUAAAACUUCAAAUUUGGGAUACAGCUGGAGAAAAGCGAUUUAGAGUUCAUAAUUCACAUUAUAGAGGUUGUCAUGGAGUUAUUAUAGUUUAUGAUGUUACAGAUCAAAGAUCAUUUGAAAAUGUUCCCUCAUGGAUAGAAGAUAUCCGAAGAUAUGCAAAUGAAAAUGUCAUUAAAAUUAUAAUUGGAAAUAAAAAUGAUUUAGUCUCACAAAAAGUGGUUGACCCUUUUUUAGCUCAAGAAUUUGCCGAUUCUUUAGAUAUUCCAUUCAAAGAAAUAAGUGCAAAACAAUCAAUUAACAUUGAAGAGGCUUUUAUCUCUUUAGUAAAGCUUUGUAUAAAUAGAAUUGAAGAAACUUCUCUAAAAAAAACACAAUCCCCCGAAAAAAAUAAUUUUUUAAAAACAAAUAAUAAUACUUAA